UACUCUCUCUCGUUCUCUUUCGAUAUAAUAAUGAUUUUAUUUUGUGAGCACAUGGCAUCUGCGACCGAUCCAUAUGCGUUUGAUACUAGUAAAUUUAUUUUGAACCCCAAAUUCAAAUUUUAUCUUCACAAGUCUGAAUAAGGCACUGGCAGCUCUUUCUGUGCCUACAAGUUUUUAUAUUUGAAAUUUUUUCGCAGCGUGCAUCCAUUAAUCGAAGUAGUGCCGUUGCUAAAGCUCAACUGAUUAAUAUGGUGCUUCUAGUUUUUGGACAGAGCGGAGCUCCCACGAGAUUUAUACAGCAUCUGCUACAGCUCAAAGGAUUUGCCCCGUCACUUAGGCGGUGUCUUGCUUCGUGUCCCGUGAUACUUGGAGCAUAUACAGAUCACGGGAGGUAUGAAUCGAUCCGCUCCUAUAAAGAUCAGGCCUGGUACCAUCGUUGGCAAUUCAAAAAGCUGACUAAAGACAUUCAUAACUAUGACCAAAGCUCGGACCUCAACCAACUUGCGCUUAGCCAUUUCGAGGAUGCAGUUAAGGCAAGAAUAGACCCAUUUAUGGCGGCCUUCGGCAAUGUAAUUCCAAAUAGCACCGAGGACGGUAUUGUGCCAAUUGAAAUGCUGUUGCGCACGGAAAUUUACCUUACAAGCCGGAAUUAUUUUGAAGCUUGGAAAUACCGACGUGACUUACUGGAUUUCGUUUUUGGGAGACCUUUCCGACCAUCUUCGCUGGACGACGACAAGGACGAUGCUGAGAGAGAAAAGGAGGAGUGCAGGAACGCCGACGGAAGUCUAAAUGAACUGUGCAAAUAUGAACUGCAUCUGACCGAACGCUGCAUAUUUAAACCAGACCUACCUCCCGGAACCUUCUCAUUUGACAACACCCACGGAAACUUGCCCUGGUCACACCGCCGAUGGAUAUUAGCGCGCAUGAAAAACCCUGAAUGGGCCCAUGAGGUGCAACUCUGGCAGCGGAUGCAACAGGACGAAAAGCAGAAGAGAUAUGCAAAUCGCCACCGUGCCUACAUUGCCGCCUAUGGGGACGUCGCGUUGGCGGAAGAUUUCAUGAGACACACGACAGAGGAAAUCCUGCGUGACGAUACUUCCUGCUCUCCCUGGGAACACCGUGCCGUCGUGUUACAGAGACUGCACCCGGGACUGCCGGAAGAGGCACUCAACAAAGAGUACAAACUUUUGUGCAAAAGGCUGGUGACAAAUCCGGGCAAUGAAGAGGCAUGGAAGUUUGCCGAACAAAUCGUUAAAAUUCUGCAUGGCCAAGAUCGUACAGAUGCCGUCGAAAGAUUUUUAGGGCUUGUUGACGUGGUGGCUAUAAGCUUACGGGAGAAAGACUACGAGAAGUAUGGUGAUUAUUAUGAAUACGACGCAGAUAACAAACUGGAUAGUGUGUGGGAAGUAUUUGCGACGCGGCUGCUUCUGUCGACUGCGACGUGGCGCCUGCUGGCCAGUCGGGAUCAGGACCUCGUCAUGGGUGUCGUAAGAAAAAUGGUUUACAACGAAACCAGCCGGCGUGAUGACUGGACGAAGAGCAAAAAAGAACACAUAGCGCAAAGAAAAUCACGAUCGUCGUAACUUUUCCGGUGGCAUAAUAUAACUGUUUAAAUUUGUAUGCGCCGUUUCGGUUUAUUUGACAUUUUGGCUGCCCCAUGUUGGUCAUCAACUGCAUAGUUAUCCAGACGCUUUGUAUUAUUUUUUUGCUGAUCAAUCACAAUCAUGAAGCUUACAUCCUGGGACACGGCCAUAGUUUCUUAUUGAUUCUGAACUAGCAACAGUAUUGUAAGAACACAAUACAUCUUGUUGCAUU